AUGGUCGGUCUACGUCAUUGGAAAGUGGAUGAUACAUGGAGACAAUUGCUCCUCAUGAUUUUACCACCACCCACACCCUAUCUUUCUAACAACUCUCUUCUCAGCCUGUUCAUCGAAAAUGCCGUACCCGUCGCGCUCGCUAUCAACAACACGAGAUUUUCGAUAUCGAACAUUAUGAUCACGAACUCGGGCUCGCAACGAUUCGACAUCUACGCUGGUCCAUUCACUAAGAACAACCAGCUGACAGCCUCUCCUGCUUCCCACUCCGAACAGUGCUGGUGCGAACGAGAGGAGGUCGUUGAUGGAAAAGACAGAAGAGGAAUUGUAUGGUCGCGGAUAUGUCGAUGCCGCAAGUGGUUGGAGGAGAUGGAUAUAUGGAAUAUCGGUUUUGAGAGGUAUGCAACCAGUAAUCUGACAAUGAGAUACGUCACGACUGACGCCUGCCUAGGCAUCGGAGACGACACAUUGCACACACCUGUCCCAUUCCACUUCACCCUGACUUCAUCGGCUCUGUGCCCCCAGCAGUUUCGAGGACACCCUCAUCGAUCUCGUCUUCGUCGACUUCAUCGAGACCCGACUCCUACAGAUCCUGAACACCGUCUAGAAGACGAAGACCUUUACCACUUCUGA